AUGGCAGCAGUCAUCGAAGCGGGACCCAGCCGAGCGGCUUCCGGCUCGGUCGAGCCCAGCACUUCCAGCUCCGCCUCCACCCUCCUCCGGACCCUCAAAUCCUCCCAGCUCACACAUGACGAGCGGAUCGCUACUGCCCGUCAAGCACUAGAGGAGAGUAAGAUCCCACGAGCGGUGGAACUGGUCAGGCAGUGGAUUCUGGACGAGUGGCUCGCUCCUAGCAAAUCUUCGACUGCACCGAGCAUAAUACAGCCGGUGUACCACGACCUCUUCGCGCGAGUCAACGGUCCUGCUUCCUCUCCACCAUUUGCGGUCCUAGUACGCUGCAUCUCGGAGCUCGAGAAGCACGCCACACCCAUCCGUGAUGCCCCCUGGGAGUCCAUACGGACGAUGGUCGUCUCCCAUACUCAGACGUCGACGUACGCGCGAUGGGUGGAGCUAUGGGCGGGUCUGGUGGCUUGGCUAGCGGCGCCUGGUGUGAUAGAUGGAGCGAGUAAUGCAGAGGUACAGCAGGGGAAGGAGCUGAGCGAUGCGGUAUUCCAACAUGUCGCCGAAAGCUCGGAUACUGUUCAGGCGGAAGCUACUUCAAUACAAGUCCUUGUCAAGACGAUCCCUCAUCUGGCCACUAUUCUCUCCCGCCAGCCCGCCCUUGGCGAACACCUCUCCGUCUCUCUAGGGGAGAUGCUCCGCUCUCUCCCCCCUGACGCCCUAGACCAAUUCCUUCUCCCCUCCUUCUCCCCCUCGCACACUUCCAUCGCGCACCUCCUCCCGCUCCUCCUCCGCUGCCUAGCCGACACUCGCUCUCGCGCCCGAUACACUAUCUUCAGCCAACCUAGCAGCAGCAAGGUGGCGUACGAGACGCACAUCGCUACAGCGAUGCAGGACGCGCUGUAUCGGGAUUUCGCGCAGGUCAUGGCAUUCCUGGAGGGUGUGGCUGUGUCAGGGGCGGCGGUGGGUGAUGUAUGGGAAGCGAGGAGGGGGUGCUGGGAGGAGAUCAGGAGAUUGGAUGUAAGAAUAGAAGGGCAGGAGAGGUGGAGGGUGCUGGUGCUCGAGGCGGCGAGGGGCGCGAGGGCGGUUUUAGCGGGGAAGGAUGAGGGGGCGGUCAAGAUUUGUCUGAGGUUACUGGCUUGUCUGUCAGUGCUCGACUAUGAUGCCGCCGGGGUGUCGGAUGUGGUAGUGCAGCUGUGCCUACAGCAACCAUACCUCUUCUCGGCCGAAGGGAAUGACCUUCUCCUCGCUCUGCUACAUCACCACCGCCUAAUCCGCGCCCCUGCUACCUACAUCACCCUCCUCUGCCGCUGUAUCUCCACGUCCUCUCCGACGACCACCGCCGGCACCACCGCAAUGUCCACUAAUAGCAACAUCUCCUCUACCCUCCUCGGCGCGAUCCACGAGCUCAUCACGUACGGCGGCGAGACACAUCUCUGCUGGCGCACCCUCAUCUCCACCUCGGAAGAUCUCUUGGCUCGUCCGGAAAGCACAGGCGGCUUGAACGCAUUCGCUGGUCUGCUGGCCGCUCUGGUUGUCUCCGGAUGUCCAAAGGACGUUCUGCUUGAACUGGGAUCUGUUUGGACGUUGGACAGCAACGCCCUGCGGGCCAUCGAGGGCGGCAAGGCCGGGAAGAAGGGCAAGUCAAAAGCCGCCUCUUCGUCAGAAAGGGAGGGAAGGCUAUCCGCGCUCCUGAUAGUUCGGUCGGCAGUGAGGGGUGAGGUUGAGAAGGGGGUCCUAGAGGAUCUAAAGGCGGCAAUGAAAGAAGAAAGCAUAUCUGAAGAGCUGGAUAUCGCGAUUUGUCGCUUCUUGCUCGCCAUGCCGAUCGAAGUCUUGUCUGAAUCGAGCAUCAUCGAUGCCUUACUCGCACGACUAGCUCAAUCGGACUCCAGUGCUGAGGCUUACUGGCCACUCAUCACAGGGUCUGUUAUCAGCCGCUUCGAAUCUCAUACCUCCGAUACCCAGCUCGAAACCCUCGGCCAGGCCUUACUGGCGCACUCACCUGCUUCUCGGCAAUUAUGGCGCACCACGAGUUUCUGGGAGCUCACACGUUUGACCAAGACUCUAGCUCGCCUGGCUGUGGCAACCGAACUAGUCGACCCUAGUAUCAGCUUCGCCCUUCCUCACACCCUACAGACCCCUGCAAUUGCCAGUCGACUACUAAAACAAGCUGGACAGGAGGCGUACACAUCGGAGAUGGUAAAGCUGUGGCUGGAGCAAGCUAGCGCCGAGGCUUUGGCUGGUGUGGCGGUUGAUGAUGUCCUCGUUGCGAUGCUUGAUCAUACGCGGAGAGAGCUGUCUCGCGUGAUAGUAUCGCGCGUACUACAAAACUCGCCAAACAAAUUCCCAGAAUCCCUUGUUCAGCUCAUCCGCGCCGUUCGGACAAGAUUGGAAAGUGGAAAACCCACGCUCGAUAGCUGUGCGGCCGCGAUGCAGACUGUGUCCCUCUUGACAGGUCGGAAAUGGGCAUCUAUUCCAACCGAGGGACAGACCGACCUAAAGCAGAUCGCGGCUGUGUCAGCCAAGGCUCUGCAGAAAGGUUUCAAGAAGAGUCCAGAGGCCGAUGUCGAAGCGAAGGGGAAUCUCUGGCUUGACUUGCAUGCUUUCUCAGUGUGGUCUAGCGCUGAGCAAACAUCCACGGCUCCCUUCCCCGAACAGCUAUUGCACUCGAUGCUAGCCAAUACAUCGUCCAACUCGACCCUGGUCCUGCGGUUGAUAGCGGCCAAAGGCGAUUCCGAGCUUCUUAUCGCCACAUACCUCUUCCUCCGUUCCCAGACCAGCGCAUCGAUUGCUACUGUUGACGGAACGAUGUCGGAUCUCAUCCAGAGUGCUAGCCCUGACAUGUACGCUUCAUUCUGGCAGGCAGCGAGGGGUUCGGCUGCUGGCGGUAGUCUGCUUUCUCUGUUGCUGAGCAAUACGCGCGAGGGAUCUGGCAAGGUGGUACGUGGUCAUCUCGGACCUAUUCUCGCCAGUAUCCAGGCCGGACCCGGAAACCCAGGAAUACUGUCUGCUCUCUGGCGUCAUCGGGCGAUCCUCUUUGACGACGGCCAAGCCAUCGAUUCCUGGGUCACAUUCAGCGGCAUCUUCCUCUCCUCCCCUUCCAGCGAGACCGCCUCGGACCUCCUCGACGCUGCCACCUCAUUCACGCAACAACGAAGCGAUCUCCUCCCCUUCACAUCGUCCGCCAUCGCCUCCUCUAUCUGCUCUGUCUUCACCUACCUCCGGGGCCGCGUCGACGUCCCCCUCGCACAGAAAGUCGCGCGGUUCCUUGAUUCCCUCGGUCGGGGUGCGGGAACAGUCACUAUCGGGAAGCGGAAAUCAGGAGGCGACGAUUCGACAACGUCCCGCCAGAAAGUAACGCGCGCGAUGGCACGGCACGUACCUGUCAUUCUGGUCGCGUAUGCGCGGGCAACGACGGAUCCCGUCCGGAACAUCUCGGCCACAUCCCGCCGGGUCAUCGAUGGGAGUCUGGCAGAGCUGUGCAUGUCGACAGACGCGGCGACGGGCAAGGCGUUUGAUUCGACGGGGUUGCCGUAUGGCCUCGGAGAGGGUUUGGCGGGCGAGGCAGAAUCGGCGGUCUGGGCGCAGAUAUGGCGCUCGUGGAAGAAGAAGAGGUACACUGGACAGGGGUAG